AUGGAAGCCACUCAAGAGUCUACCCAGCCGUGUGCGGACCCGCGCCGAAUGGGGCUAAACAACUCAGGGCUUCACGAGCAGGAUCUGGCCGACAUCAUCUGUAUCCUUCAUCCAAACUCUCAUGCAGCCCAUGAUGCGGUGGCUGCUACGGCGAGUCUGGGCAACCAACACAUUCUGCAACAAGAUGUCUUGGACUUCGAAGCCUCUGAAACUGCUGCACUCGACGUCGCGCUGAGGCUGUCAUCCAACGUGUGCGACCUUGGGGUGGGCUUUUGCUUCGGUCGCAACCGCGCCCGCUGUGAUGUCCUUCUGGCAGUGGACGACGAAGCCAAACGCGUAUCCAAUACUCAUUUCCGGAUCUACCUGACCGGCGACGGCAUUAUUAUGCUGCAAGACACUUCCACCAACGGCACCAUAGUAGACAACUGUCGCCUUCGAAAGAAUCAAAAAGAGAACAGUCGGAUGCUCACCAACGGCUCCGUCAUUCAAGUGGUGACUGGGAACCAGGGAUCUGAUGAGGUGCGAUUUGUGGUGCGGAUUCCAUCUCGUGAAGGCUUCGCUGUUCAAUACACCCAGAAUGUGCUUCGGUACUUUGAACGAGUGCAGGAGGUGGCCGGGGCCACGCAGCUCAAGGUUCGGAAUGGCCCGGCUCCACCUGUUCUUUCAUGGUCGGUCGCCAAUUCCUAUGGCAUGCAUUGGACGGGUGGUUCGAUGUACAACGUGACCGGACAGGUUGGAAAAGGCGCUUUUGCCACGGUCUACAAGCUGGCUACCAAGCAGCAUGGUGCGAUCUAUGCGGCAAAGGAGUUGGAUAAACGGCGUUUUAUGAAGAACGGCAUCCUAGAUCAAAAGGUCGAUAACGAGAUGAAGAUUAUGCGUGAUCUCAAACAUCCCAACAUCGUUCAAUACAUCGACCACCACGAACAUGACCGAUGGAUCUACAUCAUCAUGGAAUACGUCCCAGGGGGAGAACUGUCCACAUAUCUAUCCACCCACGGCAAGAUCGCAGAGGACAUGGUGCGGACGAUUGCUCGCCAGCUACUACGGGCGUUACACUACCUGCAUAAGAGAAGAAUCACUCACCGCGAUAUCAAACCGGACAAUAUUUUGAUUGCCUCGUUGGACCCACUACGCGUCAAGCUGUCGGACUUUGGGCUGUCGAAGGUCACCCAAGAGGAAACAUUUUUAAAGACGUUCUGUGGCACACUUCUGUACUGUGCGCCUGAGGUGUACCCAGACUACGAAACCUACCGGCGUGGCGAAUUGAGAAAGAGACGCCGUGUUGGAGAUCCACCUCCCAAAACGUCUCCCUACAGCCAAUCCGUCGACAUGUGGUCACUGGGUGCAGUGCUGUACCAUAUCCUGGCCGGAGUUCCCCCAUACUGCGGGCGCGCUGAGGAUCGUGGUGUCGCCAUGCUAAGAACCAUUAUGGAAACCGAGGCUGAUUUUGACAUCCUCCGGCGUGAGGGCGUAUCUGAAUCUGGCGUUAACUUCGUCGCUCAACUCCUUAACCGAGACCCCUUCUCGCGACCAAGCGAAAAGGAAUGCUUCCAGCACCCGUGGAUCUCUGGCAUCCCGGAUGUGGAUGAGUAUGAAGACGAUGACAUCUUGGUCGGCCCCCGUGUAGCUCUGUCAGUCAUCGGUGAGGCGGAGGAGGAGCUUGAUGCGUCUCAGCUAUCUAUCAAUGAGGAUCUUGCAUACACCUACGCAGCCGAUGCAGAGGAAUCAAGCAGCAAUGAAGCUCUCCCAAAAAAACCGCGCAUUGAAUACAUCCCCACAGAUAUUCGCUAUCCAUCGCUUCCCAAAAUUGAGAGCUUCCAGGAUGGCCAAAUGGUUGCCGAGAGCCACGCCAGGCGCCUCUUUGGCGAAGUCACGUCUUCAGCUCUGCGCAGCUCCUAUGCCCUUGGCCACACCGGUUCGUGGGAUGAUGGUGACUACGAUGCCGAGGGCUUUGCUUCUUCUGGUGAGUCGGUGAGCGAUGAACGCAGCGUCUAUUCGAUCAUUUCUCUCCCCGAGCACCCCUUCGGCGGCACCGCGCCCAGCCUGAUGGGCGCAGAGAACCUCGUUAGGCGACUGAAUAUGAACUCCUCGCUUCCUCUUUUCCCUGCCCAGACCGGCCUGGUUAACCAAACUUCGACGCGGCAGACCAGCCCCGGACAGCCCACGGAGUUCCCAAAAGCAGGUAGCACCCCACGUGGGGUGGUUGCACCUACCUCGAGUACCAACGAGACGACACCCAAGGCCCCCAAGAUCUCACGCCGUAUCGAAUUGGAGUUACCGGAAACUGCCAGUGAGCGUUCUGACAACAGUGCGCCCGUGAGUCGUCCUCAUUCUACCCACCCCCAGGAACUGCCUGCGGAAGCGGACUACGACAUCGAAUUUGCGACCACACUGGAUGCUCAAACUGGUCAGGCUGUCCUGGAGCAAUUACGCGCGGCCGAGGAACCACCGUCGGAGCCGAUCAUCCAUGAACAGCCUGACGCACCUGGUAUUCCAACAGACAUGCCAGUGGCCGAAUUUACGAAGCCACCCAAGCUUUUGGGCAGAUUGAGAAGCCUCUCAGGAUCCAUGUUUGAUUUAAAUCUUCGCCUAGAAAACCGGAUGACCUCGUGGGGCCGUGGACCGGACGCAACAGUCCGCCACCCCGACAACCUGGACGUCCGGAUUCCGGCAUACGCCCUCGAAAUCACCUUUUGGGCCCCCGGGCUCGAGCGCCGGAUCGCCGAAGGCCAAGACUGGACACAGGUCCCCGGCGUCAUGGCUGUGCUCUCCACGAAAACGCGCAAGUGCAUCUGGGUCAAUGGCACGGAGCUGCGCAAGGGCGGCCCGGAAGGACUACAGUUCGGCAAGCUCUACACCGGCGAUGUCAUCACUAUCUACCGGCACAAGGACAAUGGGGAGUUUCUGCAGCUGCGGUGCGAGUUCUACCACGGCGACAGCGCGCAGCCACGGCCCUCCCACGAGGCUGGGUUCGUGGUGCGCCAGGCGCUUGUAGGCAGGUCGGACGGGGCGGCGAACCGCGAGCCUGUUAGGCCGAGCCGCAUGAAGGAAGCCGAGGAGUAG